UUCAGUCGACGCGUUGCCUCUCUAUUAAACGGACGUUUAUUUUAUUAAUUAUUAUUCUAAUUAUGAUUAUUGAAGUAUAAAAUUUUUUUUUACUUGUAUUUAAAAAAAAAAAAAAUAAAAUUGAAUAUUUUUAAAAAAUCGCGGGUUAAAAUAAAAAAGUUUUUUUUUUUUUUGUAACAAAGAAAAGGAGGUAAAUAAUAACAAGGAAAAUUGCACGAGGUCGCAUGUCGUGAGUACUAUAAAUCGCUACUGUACUGACAGAAGAGCUGUUUUAUAUGUCAUAGUUUUGAUAACAAGCGGAUUUGAUAAACAGUAAAAUGACGAGCGAACAAGGAAAUGUUGAGAAAAUAAUUAAUAGUCCGGGAAUGAUAAAUAUUGUGGUGACAGUAAUAACACAUGUGUUGUUAUUAAUUCCAGUAUUUUAUAUUAUUGUUGUUUAUUUUAUUAAGUACUCAUUUUUUUCUUGGCAUCCGAUUCUGACGGUUCUUGGGGUGGGAUUGCUGAUAUUUGAAGGAAUAUUCGCAAUAUCCGGAGAGACAAAUUUGGUAUCACGAGUCACACGUGCCAAUAGAAUAACAAUUCAUUGGAUAUUGAUAACCGCAGGAUUAACGCUGAUGGGAAUUGGGCUGAUAAUUGCGGUCGUUAAUAAAAACCGCCUUAAUAAAUAUCAUUUUAGUACAACCCAUGGGCAAUUAGGACUCAGUGCUAUUGUUAUUUCCUGCGUGGUAGCAGGAUUUGGUAUUAUUGCCAAUAAUACGCGUUGGCUGUAUCCCCGAGUAAGGCCGGUCCUAAUAAAAGUCGCCCAUGCAUUCGGUGGCAUCACAAUUACUAUUAUAUUCAUUGCAACAAUUAUUAAUGGUACUUACAAACAUUCAUUCCCUGGCACUGAUGUCGGCAGAGAUAUUUCAUUCGCAUGUUUUUUUUUCGCUGCUAUUUUCUUACUUUUCAAACCCAUAAUUGGUGCGGUUUCAAGGUCACGCGUUAUUUUAAAACCAUCACAGACUCAAGCCGCGUAAAUUAGUAUAAAUGUUUUAAUUUUUGUUGUAUCUAUAUAAUUAAUUAACAAAAAAUUUAUUCUGUAAAAAUAAAUGAUUAGUUAAAUAUUUUUUUAAUAAAAUUUUAUUUAUAAGAAAAA